GUGAAGUGGUACUGGUAGUGAAGUUCGGUGAGCGGUAACGUAACGCACAAACAUAAGCCGGCGCGAUUAGUCUUCUCUUGCGUUACACGGAACGCAGAUCUGUCAUUGUAACUCAUUACAAUAAACGCGGGAAAAAUAUUUAACUGCGCGCGCCAAUUUCUAUUGAGUUCCAAUUUUCAAAAAAAUACUUGUUCUUACUUUAAAAAGUCUUCUAAUUUUUUAUUUCAAUAAGUAUAUUUUUAGCUUUUUAAGUUUUCAAGUUACUAGUGAUUGAAACAACGUGAAAAUGCAUUAUAGAUCGGGAUUACUACUGGUUUUCGCGGUGAUGGGUUGCUGGUGUCAAGAGGCCAUCAUCAGGAAUGACUUCGAAGGCCCCAACCCUGACGGCUCCUACAAAUGGGCACUACAAACAGAGGGUGGUAUAUACCACGAACAGAAGGGAUCCCUGCAGCCUGGCAGUGAAGGACCAUCGCUAUUGGUGGAGGGACAGUAUCAGUACACCGCGCCUGAUGGACAGGUGAUCAACGUCCUGUACAAGGCCGACGAGUACGGAUUCCACCCCCAGGGGGAGCACCUCCCCACUCCGCCCCCCAUCCCGCCCGCGAUACAGAGGGCGCUGGACUACCUCGCUACCCUCCCACCGAAUAGGGAUUACCAGUGAAAAUAAUAAUGUAAACAAUAUAUGGCGGCAACAUCUAUAUGCCACACAUAUAUGACCUGAUGAGGAAGGGGUAUGAGAAAAAGUGGUUGGCGCUGCGAUGGUUGAAGGUUGGUUCUUGCUGCUGCUGUGCUCAGUCGAGGGUCACCAAUGUAGGAAAGCCAAAGGGGAAGAUCUUCCGAGCUGGGUGAUGGCUCGGGGGCCGCCGCCCGACUGAUGUUGGUCGGGCAUUGUAUAUAUUAAGUAUUUUGCCUCCGAAUUUCCCUUGCGCGAUGUAGGCUUCAAUAUAAUGCGAUUCAACUAAGAAUAGGUCCGACUGGGCGCCAUAUUUUGACGUCAUAGCUGUCAAUUCAAAACAAAUAGGUAGAGUGAGCAAAAAAAAUUUUUUUUUAAAAAAACUUCUGUCUAAGAUUAAGUGAGAAAAUACAUCAGAUUUUUUUAUUAAAAUAUUUACUAAAAUUGAGAAAAAAAAACAACUAAUUUUUAAUAAUAUUUAUUUAUUAAGACUGUGAGAAAAAACAUAAAUCAGAAUCUAGCUUUUCAAUCCCGCUCAUCUCUGCAUUACCGCCGAAGUGGUUAUGAAUAAUCAUGGUCACAUACGAACAUGCAUCCUUUAGGUAAACGAAAGUUUUAAAUUGAGUUUCUGAACGCAACUUAAAGUGAGAUUUGGUUGACGGUUUAGGUUAUCAAUCAUUCAUUCAACCAAAAAAUAUCAAACAAAAUUAAUUAUCUAUAUAUGUUAUUGUUUGUUUACAAAUGUGUGGUUCAUAUUCUAGAAUUAGCAGAGUGCUAAAAAAGGGUUCCAAGAUUUUUUGCAAACCGUACUUUUCAAGCGACAUUUGACAGUUGGAGGUCAUUGGCUUUCCUAUUCUUAUUUGAAUCACAUUAUACUUAUUGAUCGCAGUGUCGGUAGCGCCAUCUCUUCAUCAGGAGACGACUGAUUAUUUCCUCCAUCCACUGGAUAUAUGUUGGGCAUAUAGAUGUCGCCGCCACAAUUAUAAUACAAGGCAUUACAAGAUUGAGACGUCACAGUCGCAUUUUGGUUCUCAAAUUCAACAUUUCGACAAUGGAAAAGCGAAAUCGUUUAAACGCCACUUUAGUAACUUUAAAGUAACGAGCAUCAAAGUUUUUUUGCACACAUUUUUUUAAAACACUGCACCAAUCCACACGGCCUGCUUCUGAGCUUUGGUGAGGUUGUGCGGCACCCAGCGGGAAACUAUCCUCCUUACGCAAAGGUGCUCGUGCAAAAUCUUGUGAAACACUUUCUGAACCAAUCUGAAGAGUAUGCUGAAUCUCUGUGUACAUAAUUCGUAUGUUUUCUUGAAUUAUUUUUUUUACUGCCAGCACACUUUCUACGGUGACAGCCGUCGUAGGACGACCACUCCUUUGUUCAUCCCCCAAAGUAAGACGACCGCGUUUGAACUCGCUACACCAGCGGUAGAUAGUUGCUUUCGAAGGUCCUUCAUCCAUAAAAGCAGUUCGAAAUCGAUCAAAUGACUCGUCAGGUUUAAAGCCACAUUUAAAAUCUUAAAAAAUCAUAUCACGAAAAUGUUCUCGAUGCAGAUCUAUUUUUUAAUGAGACAAGAAAAAAAUAAUUGGCUCUCGAUAAAAUGCGGAGUGAAAUUUGAAAGUCGAACAGUGGUAUGUUUACUUUUAUUAAUCGAAGUUUUCAAAAUAAUUGCAAGUGGCCAGUGUCUUAUACAUAAAAACUUUUUAUCGCAAAACUUUCUGAGUGGCCUGGUAUAUGAGUGAUGCGUGCGUUGCUCCAUUCCCUUUUGCCUUAUGCACCGCCUAAUGAUAGGUUAUUUAAGAAAAGAAGUUUAACUUCAUAUGCGUGUUUCGUGCACACAAUUUUUUUAAACACUUAAUUUACGCAACCGCAGUUUUAAACUAAGUAGUUUAAAAUUCUGUAAGUGUAUCCUAAAUAAAUAAAUAAAUUGUAAGAACUUUACCCUGUUAUUAAUAACCUAAGAAUACGCUUGGAUUAGUUACGACAUGUUUUGUCUCUAUCUAUUAAAUGAUAAAUGGCAUUUGAGAGACAUGAAUUAAACACGGCGUAAAUAGUCUAAGCUUUAUAUUUGUUUAUUUUAGGGGGUAAAAAAUUACAACCCUGAGUGACAAACUUUAAGAAAAUAAAACAAAUGAAUUUAACAAAAAUCAUUUAUUACAAGACUCUACAUGACAUCUUUCAAUCUUCUUUGACGUUUAAAAAUAGGUACUUUUUGCAAAAAUAUGACAUAUUGUAUGACAUAUUACAAGGGACUUAUUGACUUUGGACCACUUACACCAAAAUAUUGUUAAAUCGGUUCAAAUUCAAAAAUAAUUUAUUCAGUCUGAGCUGUUACAAGCACUUAUGAACCUUGUACUGAGAAGAACCGGCAAGAAACUCAGCAAGGGCUGCUUUCUUCUCCUUGUAUUAUUGUAUAUAAAGAGAGUCGUCAAGUUGAAAAAUGACUUCAGAGAUAAUUCUGAAAUCACCUUCCAUUACAUAAUUAGAUUACAAAGCUCACUUGCAGGAAUUUUGCUAAGUCUCAAUUUAACUAGAUUCAUCCCAUAUAAUGACGUCAAAUUGACACUGGUGUAAUUUCUGGCAUGAUUCUCUAAAUCUAAACAUAAAUUUGACAACAGUGUACCCUUGUCAUUCUCUAUACAGAAUGAAAAGGAUAGACUGAUUUUAAGAUUAGAUAAUUGUGCCAGAAUCGACACCGUUGAUUGACAUUUUGUAAUUUUUCUUUGGAUUACAUCUAGUUUUUGUUGAAUCAAGAUUUGGCAUAUUUACUGCAUGUGCUCCUGAGUUUCGCGUUAUCUUAUUUGACUUUAAAUAAUUGAUAAAGAUUUAAUGAUGUCUUAGACAGAAUAAGCCUUAAUAUAAUAUAAUAAUGUUGAUGCAAGCGAAUCUUAGGCAUUCAAUUGAGUGUGUAUCCAUAUUUUUGUGCGGACCUUGAUGGCCGUUUGCACCAAACUUAGUAGCUUCCUAAAUCCAUUCUUAAAUAAAUAAAUCACAUGUAAGUGUCAAAUCAGGGCUAUCGCGUAUAAAUCCGCCGCUAGAGGCGCUUGUGUAGCGUGCGGUCACCGAAAUGUCAUUAAUGUUAUUGCUUUUUUUUCUGAAUGGCUUCGCACGGCUUGUGCAUUUAGCCAAUGUCAAGUGUUAAAAUGUUUACAAAUUCUAUAGCACCCGUGGUCAAAGUAAUUAAUCAAGUCAAAGUAAGUGGCUGUCAAGUAAAACCCCCUUUCCCUAUGUUUCAGUAAAUGUGUGGGGAUUUACUGGAACCUCCCCGUGGACUUCUUGAGGGAACGUCGAAAGACACUUUCCGCUUUUUUGUUUCACUUGCCAACACUUGUGCAUGUUCCUAAACACUUAGUGGUUAAUAAUCCACCAUUAUUAGACACUAAAAUUCGCCACAACACAAUUUUUAACAAGAAAAACAAAACUGCUAAAGUGACGCUUCCCGAUCCCGCCAAAAAGUCCAAUGUUAUUGCUUGUAGGUUGACUACGCGGGUUUAUUUCUUAUUACAAUAAUGUUGUGAAUAUAACUCCGAUUAAUUAUGGCAAAUAUGAAUUACGUGUCAAUGAAUAUCACUAAUUUAAAAGCGGAGCUUUAUUGUUAUUUUUUUUCGAAAAAAUCGGAACUGCGCACACUGGCAUGGCCAAUUACGUUUACGAUACGGUUCUUUUGUAUAAAAAUAUGAUUUAAAUGUAAACUUUGAUUUCACGCUCGUAAUAACAAACUUUAAAAGCUAAACUUCAGGACCUCAUUCAACAGUGGCGCCAUCUGGUGAGAGAAAAAACGGUAGCCCUCAUUGGUUUGCAAACAUAAAUUUUAGAGAAUUUAGUACCAAAGCUACGUCGCGCAGGUGUGGAUGAAACACGGUGAAGUGUAGAUUGAUGCAAACGGACCUCGGAUUUAGUUAACAAUGUUUAUGUACUUUUAAAGACUUAUUAAAUUAACAAAUUAUAAUUAUAUGAAAAACAUGUGUAAAUAAAGAUGUACAAACAAUAAAAUAUUCUUUUCAUUAUGCAGUCUUUCG